CAUCAUCACCGGUGGUGUUCAACUUGAUCAAUCUCCCAUGUUGUUUGAUCGGAGGCUUUGAUCGGAGGCAUCUCCACAGAAUUCAGAUCCCUUUUAUGCAACCUUGCAAUUUGGAAUAAAUAUGAUAGACGAAUAGUCAAUCCGUCAAUUCGUUUUUGUGAUGCAAUUUAUACAUAGUAGUCGUCGCUAAGCCCGAAUAUCAUCACAUUUUUUCUUUUGACAAAGCGAGAACAAAGUUUAUAAUCCUUUUUGGGGAGAAGAAUCACUUUCGCAUAUCAUUAUACAUGUUCCCAUCAUUUGGGUCAAUUCUUUCGAAAAAGUAACCCUGAGUACUAGGUACCCGGUGUCUAAAUGAUCCAACAGCGACCGUGGAUAACGAAAGUGGCAGCAAUAUCGACUAUAAUAUCAGCAUCAAAUAUAACUUGGUUAUCCAGCAACGAUUCCAUAAAAGGCAGUCAAAGAAAUUCUUUUACAGAAGUUAUAGCGCUAUGCUCUAUCCUCGUUGAGCGGACUGGAAACGAAUGCGACACAACCCCGAAGGGAUACGAUAAACCACCUAUCAAGAACACAUCACAUAAUCCUUUGCAUCCACGGAACCCCUGGGCGAAAGAAAUAAGUUCCAAUGAACCAAGACUCUGUAUCUAGUUCCACUCCCGGGGCAGCUCCAGUACGGAAGGACAGAGGACCGAUCGCGAGCCAGGCUUGUGAUGUCUGUCGACAACGGAAGCAGAGAUGUGACGAGAACCGCCCAAAGUGCGGUCUUUGUACGCGCUUGAAGAUAGACUGCAACUAUAGGGAGCCCGUACCGACAAAGAAAGACAAAACCAUGGUUGAGAUACUGGAUCGAGUGAAAAAUAUAGAAAGUAUACUCGAACAAUUUCCUCAACUCUCGAUGGGCAUCCCAGAGUUCAAGCCAAGUCAGACGCCACAUACUCAAUCAUCAUUGAACGAACCCCUUAGCUUAAAAGCCGAGGGACAUGCGUUCGCGACCUCGUUCUCACACCCAAACGAAAUAAAUACAGGUCGAAUACAUACAAACUCUAUAUACCGUCACCAUACUGCGUCUCACAAGGUUUUGUUAUGGCCAGCUAUACAGCAACUUCUUCUACAAGCUGCGCCACCAAACAAUGGCAGCGGCACAUUUCUGGAAAGGGGGUCAGUAUUCAUGGUCAGAACACAGGCCCCAAGACCUCCACUGUCCUUAGAUAUAGAUCUACAAGAGAAACCAUUUGUAGGCAUGCAAUCGUUGGCGAGUAGAGUUGUUGGAGGCUCGCGAACAACAUUUCCGGGCUUGUCCCAGGAAGCUAUGCUUCAACUGGCGGUGUCUUAUUUCGAUACGUUCAAUUUUCUAUACCCUUUCAUGGAUAGACAAACUUUCCUUUCUGAUACUUUAGUGAAAGUGGUAUCUGAGGGAUUCGAUAGAGAUAUGGAAUCCGUUAUUGCCUUGCUAAUAUUCGCGCUUGGAGAAGUAGCGCUUGAAGGAUCUUGCGGCUCCCCUGUCGAUAUCUACCAAGCACGGCCUAGUGGCAUCAGAGGCGGGUCGGGGCCGUCCAAACCACCAGGACUAUCCUUUUUUAAUGAAGCGAUGAAAAGAAUUGGCUGUGUCUUGACAGAAUGCAGUCUUGAGAAUGUGCAGAUGUUUUUCCUGACAGCGUGCGUUUCAAUUUCAAUUGAUAUGAGUUUGUCGAACUCGACUAAUUUAAUACUUGACGUAGACUAUAUUACCAAUCCUGUUACCGCCAUCUGGACUUUUGGAGGACGAUGGUUUCUGCUUCAUCAGCAUGUGAUACGCUUAUCACGUCGUCAGCACACCAAUUCUCCUUCCUUCUCAAAGCUUGCUGACCGAACUAUAGGGAUAGCUUUGACUGGAAAUCUCCGAAGGGCGACCUUAUCAAACGUGCGUAUUGGCAUUGUGCCACCAUGGAGACAUUUGCCGCUUACCUCUAUGAUGAAUCUCGAGACGCACAUGGAGAUGCCACUUUUUCCCAUGCCGUUUUGUGAAGACGAUUUAAUGGGGGACCAGGAAUCCAACUGGCAAGCACAUAGUUCUUCAGUGCUGGCAUUACGAAGAAUUUGCGUCCAGAUGCAGAAUGGAAUUUCCGAGAUGGCCAAGAUGGACGCCAAAUCCUCUUGCUCAGAAGGCUACACCUUCCUAACCGCAGCUGGAGUUCGGCAGCUCGCAUUUCAGCUAACUCAAUGGCGCGGCCUACUCCCCACUGCACUCCAAUGGGCAGAAGAUGAACCCGCGAGUUUUCCUUACGUGCAAACGCCUGAACGAGAUAUCGGGAAUAUUGAUCCAAAUUUUACAUCUCCAAUAUCACAACAAACUCCUCGUCCGGCUCUCUUCUCCACUGACAUCGACGAGGAACCGGUCAGGUAUCCUUAUGCAUAUGACAUACAAGUUGCAACACUUAGGACUAGAUACUAUUAUGCCAAAUAUAUGGUUUAUCGACCAUUUGUGUAUAAAGUAUUACAUUCUCCGGAAUUGGUGACGCCGGAGGAUGCCCAAAAUGUCGCGGAAUGUCUACGAUCCUGUCUCCUGUGGCCCAUUCUCCUCUCACCCCCAUCCCGUUGCAAACGUCUAAUACCCUACCUCUUCACCUGGUCUCAGAUAUUCCUUAGCAUCUUACUCAUUGUGCAUCUGUCGAAAGGCAACUUGAUGCUCAAGGAUAUCUGUGAUAACAUGUGUGGGGAGCGGUACCAUGCAGAGAUUGAUGACACUGUGAGCUUAAUGUUGGAUUGGAUUCGGGACUUGAAAGACGUUGGGGAUCCAAUUGCGCUUUGGUGUUGGAAUAUGUUAGAGGGCAUUUAUUGGUAGAUCCCUGAUUUACACUUUAUCAACACUCGUCGGUAUAGGCGAUGGUGGGGAAGAAAACUGAGUUUGGGUGUGGCUUGGGGAUUACGUAUGACCCAGUGAAUGAAACCUUGGAAGGGAAUUGGAGGAUGCGGCCGCGUGCUUUUUUAUGAUGUGGCGGAAAAGAUCAAGGCAGGUAUUCA